AUGACCAAACAAACCUCAGUCACAGCGACUCCAGAUGGUAUAGAGGUACUCAGCAGUUUUUCGACAAAAGAUACUAAAAUUAGAUCACUUUUCUUAUACUGUUUAUUUUUAGUAUCAGGUGUUUGCAAUACACUAUUAGUACAAUUAAUUUAUAAUAAUAUAUCAUUCAACCCGAAAUCAAUGUUGACAAACAUUUGUAUUUUUUUUGGAUAUGCAAUGCUAAAGUUUUUUGAUAAAUCAACUAAAAAGAAUGAUACUGUAAUAACAACAACCCCAACAACAACAACAACUGCAACUGCAACAAACAACACAAAUUUAAAUAGUAAAGAUAAAAAAGAGUCAACCAUUUCACUAUCACCACAAUUAAACAAUAAUACCAGUACUAUUGUUAAAAAACAAUCACAGGGCCAUUUAGGAUAUUUAGUUUUGGCUAUUUUCGAUUGCUUAGCAAGUUUAUUAACAACAAUUGGACAAAUUGCUGUUGGAAGUGGUCUUUUUCAAGUAUUGUUUUCAUCAAAAAUUAUAUUUGCUGCCAUUUUAUCCAAAUUUUGGUUAAAGAAACAUGUUUCAAAAAAGAAAUGGUUAUCGAUUUUUAUAAUUUUCUUUGGAUUAUGUGUUACAGUUAAACCAAAAACAGCUCUUAGUUACGAUACUAGUUUUGAUUCAACCAAUCAAAAUAAUACCCUCAAGUCGACUUUAUAUAUUGGUACAUUUUGGGUAUUAUUAGCAUCAUUUAUUUUUUCAGCAAGUCAUAUCUAUACAGAAUCAGUUUUAAAAAAAGAUGGUGUUAAACCUUUUACAUUUGGUUCAAAAUACGGAAUUUAUUCAGUACUUGUCUGCAUUGUCUAUAUUUGCACCGUUACAUUUUAUAAUAGAUCCGAAUGGAUUGAACAACCAAUCAAUAGAGCAUCCUAUAAUGAUCAAAUAUUGGUUGUUGUUUUAUUUUCAAUUCUAAUGGUUACAAGUGUUGCUAGAUCAAGUAGUAUGUACACUAUAUUGGAUGAGCAUGGUACUGUUUUUAUGGGAGUUCUUUAUUCCUUACAAUCGAUUAUCGUUUUUGGUACAUCAGCUCUCUUCCUUUGCGACCCUACCGAUCCAAUUAAACACAACCAAUGUAUUUCAUCCCCAAAACUACUUGGUUCAGUUAUGGUGGUAUUUGGUGUGUUUUUAUAUAAUUCUUCGGAUGCUGUAAACAAAAAUAAUCUACAUAAAUCCUAA